AUGAUACGGGCAGCUGAGUCAUGUGCUUGCCCUAUUCGGGAGGUUCCUAGCCCGUCCAUCGUAGGAUCCUGUCCAGGCCAGUUCAUCCUCUUCAUGAGCAUCUUGGAGACCUUUAUCAACGGCAGAUGCGACCUGGCGGACCCCUGUAACCGUGUAAUCAGCAUUGAGGAGCCGGAUGAACGCUACGACUUUGUAGUGAUCGGGGGAGGCACUGCAGGUGCGGUGGUCGCGGAGAGAUUAUCCGAAAAUCCACAGUGGAAGGUACUGCUUAUAGAAGCGGGAGGAGACGAGCCUGUUGCGUCUUCAGUCCCUGCAUUUGUAACCGCCUACUGGGGCCAGAACGAAACCGAUUGGAAUUACUACACUGAACCACAAGCAAAAGCGUGUUUAUCUUCCAACGGAAUGUGUUAUUGGCCAAGGGGAAAGAUGCUUGGUGGAUGUUCAGUGAUCAACGGGAUGAUGUAUAUGCGAGGUAAUCCUGCGGAUUACGACGGUUGGGCAGUUAACGGAGCGUACGGCUGGUCUUGGUUUGAAGUUCUACCUUACUUCCUCAGGAGCGAAGAUAAUAAAGAGAUACAUAAUGGAGUAUCUGGAUAUUAUCAUGGCACUGGAGGUACCAUACCGGUACAAAGGUUUCGCUACGCACCAAAAUUUGCGCACGAUGUAGUAUCAGCUUCUAUAGAAUUGGGAUACCCACCUACCAGCGAUCUUAAUGGGGAAACUAGCACUGGUUUCACACUUGCACAGGCGUUUAAUGAUCAAGGCUCAAGGUACAGUACUGCUCGAGCGUAUCUUCGGCAUGCUUCGAAGAGACAUAAUCUGCAUAUACUUUUAAACGCUGUCGGAUCACGAGUAAUCGUAGACCCAGCUAGUAAGAAAGUGACUGGAGUGGAGUACAUCAAGAAUGGGAUAACGAAAAGUGUCGGUGUUAUAAAAGAGGCAAUUUUAUCAGGAGGCGCCAUCAAUUCUCCUCAAAUACUACUUCUUUCAGGCAUAGGACCGAAAGAAACUCUAGAUAAAUUUAAUAUUCCAAUAAUUAAAGAGUUGCCUGGAGUUGGUCAAAACCUUCAUAACCAUGUUGGAGUUAGGUUACAAUUCACACUUAAUGAACCAGAUGUACCAGAAUUAUCAUGGGAUACCGCUAUGCAGUACAUGAUGAAUCGUGACGGGCCUCUAUCAAGCACAGGAAUGUCACAAUUAACAGGUAAAGUAAACUCCCGCCUGGCGCCAUCCGGCGGGCGACAGCCGGACGUGCAGUUCUUCUUCGGCGGAUACUACGCCUCAUGCGGCUCGUGCUCCGGGGGAGACCGUCAACAAUUACUUAAAGAAAGAAAAUUCAGAUCUAUCAGUAUAUCACCGGUAGCCCUUCAGCCGAGAAGCCGCGGCUACCUUACGCUGCGCUCCACUGACCCUCUACAAGCGCCUUUUAUGCAACCCAACUACUUCGAUGACGAACGCGACCUGGACGUCGUCGCAGACGCGUCCAGAAUUGCUUAUAGAUUGGUUAAUACUACGAUUUUACGUGAGAAAUAUGGCAUGAGGCCGGAAGAGGGUUACGGCGCAGAGUGCCCCGGCGGCGGCCCGAAUCCUACUGACGAGUUCUUCAAGUGCUUGGCGAAAAUCUACACCGCGCCUGAGAACCAUCAAGCGGGCACUUGCAAGAUGGGACCCGAGAGCGACCCGAUGGCUGUCGUAGACCCACAGCUGAGAGUUUUUGGUGUUGAUGGUCUCAGAGUUGUGGACGCGUCCAUCAUGCCGACUUUGGUAUCUGGCAACACCAUGGCGCCGGUGGUGAUGAUCGGAGAAAGGGGCGCCGAGUUCAUCACUAUACGCCAUCAGAAUUAUGGGUGGCAUAAAACUGACUUUAGACGGAAAGGCACGCACAAAAAUAAGCUUUCAGAAACGCCUCAAGUCGAAAUCAAAGAAAAUAUCAACUCGCAUUCUCAGAACAGCAACGUCCGAUCCCGA